CACCUCCACUACAGCGCCUCCACCCUUUCCAAAACUGCUCCGGAAGUGCCUCCGCCCGCAGUAAUGCUGGCCUUCGUACUUGGCGUGAGGGAGGCGAGGCUGCGCCUGCGCAACAAGUUCGGCGGGGAAGAUGGCGGAUGACAAGGAUUCUCUGCCCAAGCUUAAGGACCUGGCAUUUCUCAAGAACCAGCUGGAGCGUCUGCAACAACGUGUAGAAGACGAAGUCAACAGUGGUAUGGGCCAGGAUGGCUCGCUCUUGUCCUCCCCAUUCCUCAAGGGAUUCCUGGCUGGUUAUGUGGUGGCCAAACUGAGGGCAUCAGCAGUAUUGGGCUUUGCCGUGGGCACCUGCACUGGCAUCUACGCAGCUCAGGCAUAUGCUGUGCCCAACGUGGAGAAGACAUUGAGGGACUAUCUACGGUCACUGCGCAAGGGACCAGACUAGCCCUGCCAUGGGGGAAGCAGGAUGAGCGUCU